GUAGAGAGAGAGAGAGAGAGAGAGAGAAGAGCUAAAAAUAAAUGGGAUAUUUGUGGAGGCCAAAUUGAAUGAGAAAGAGACGGUGUCCGUGUAUGUAUCGUAUGAGUAUGUCUACAUAGCCUUUUUUAUCCUCAUCUCCGUCGUCAUCAUCUUUGUUUAGAGGGAGAGAGAGAGAACAACAAGUUUUUAGAGAGAGAAAGAGAAAAAUAUAUGGGUAGAAAGAGAGAGGGGGUGGGUGGGUGGUUUUGUGAAGGAGGAGGUGUGAUCUCUCCUUUUCGCGUUGAAUUCCCCCUUAUAGCUUUACUGUGAUUCACAUAUACAUACACACACAUAAGCAGGCGCAGAUAGUGAUACAUAGUAAAAGUUGAAACACAGAUCCUAUCUAUCUAUCCUUCUUUCUUUCUUCUAGUUCUCUUGGAAACAAAUAUAUCCAAUUUGAUUUUGUGUUUUUUUUUUUUGUGGUGAAUUUGGUGUUUUGGGGAUUUUAGUUUUCUUGGUGAGAUGCGGUCUGGGUUGAGUACAAUUUUGCAGACGUUAACCCCGGAGGCGGCUAGCGUACUCAACCACUCCAUAGCCGAGGCGAGCCGCCGGAACCACGGGCAGACCACGCCGCUGCACGUAGCCGCCACGCUGCUCGGCUCCCCAUCCGGCUAUCUCCGGCAGGCGUGCAUCCGGUCCCACCCCAAUUCCUCCCACCCGCUGCAGUGCCGCGCGCUGGAGCUCUGCUUCAGCGUGGCGCUCGAGCGGCUCCCCACGGCACAGAACAUGCCGCCGGGGACCGAGCCGCCGGUCUCCAACGCGCUUAAUGCGGCUCUCAAGCGCGCCCAGGCGAAUCAGCGCCGGGGCUGCCCCGAGCAGCAGCAGCAGCCGCUCCUAGCCGUCAAAGUCGAGCUCGAGCAGCUGAUAAUUUCGAUUCUUGAUGACCCCGGCGUGAGCCGGGUCAUGAGGGAGGCCAGCUUUUCUAGCCCGGCUGUGAAAGCAACAAUAGAGCAGACAUUAAAUUCCACUUCUAAUCACACCCAUCACCAUACCGCUCCGGUGAAUUUGGGGAGUUUUAGUGGAAUUGGGCCUCGGAUGCUCCCAAAUCCGGCCGCCAUAUCGCCGGCGCCGCCGAAUCGGAAUAUGUAUCUGAAUCCCCGGCUAGGUUCAGGGCAGGUGGGGAAUCAGAAUCAGACUUAUCAGAGAAACGAAGAACUCAGGAAAGUUCUAGAAAUUCUCGCUAAGACCAAGAAACGAAACCCGAUUUUAGUCGGCGAAGGCGAGCCGGAGGCCGUGGCUAAGGAGCUCUUCCGAAGAAUCGAGAAAUCCGAGCUGGGCGCCGCCGGUGAAGGCCCUCUCAAGAAUCUUCAACUCAUUCCAAUCGACAAAGAUUCAUUAUUAUCCGACAAGACCGAGAUUCCUGUUAAGAUCAAAGAACUGGGCGGAUUAAUAGGGACUAGGUUAGGGAAUGGCAAAGGCGUGAUUCUUGAUUUGGGCGAUUUGAAAUGGCUAGUGGAACAGCCGCCGAGCGGCGGGAUUCCGGCCACCCAGCAGCCGCAACCGGUGGUUUCCGACGCCAGCCGCACCGCCGUGGCGGAGAUAGCGAAGCUCCUCGCCGCUUUCGCCGGCGAUAGGAUAUGGUUAAUAGGCACAGCCACUUGUGAGACUUAUUUAAGGUGUCAAGUUUAUCAUUCCUCCAUGGAAAAUGAUUGGGAUCUACAAGCAGUCCCCAUGGCCUCAAAGUCAACUAAUCCUGGGAUUGGGAUUGGGAUUUCUCCCUGGCUUGGAAAGGAAAGAUUGUUGAGCAACCCUUGCGAGUCGUUAAGUCCAUUGAAAACUUUUCCUGUUGCUGCGGUGCCUCCUUUACUGAGAUGCAUACCCGAGAACGUGAAUCUUGUUAGGAGGGCGAGUGUGACGACGUCGUGUCCUCAAUGUAUGGAGAAAUAUGAACAAGAGCUGGCGAAGCUAGUGUCUGAGUUCGAGAAUUCGCCUUCCGAUGCUAAUUCGGAUUCAGCUCGACCGACGUUGCCCCAGUGGUUGCAAAAUGCGAAGAUAAGUAAUGGCGAUAAGGGAACGUCGCUAUCGCAGAGUAAGGAUCAAGAACUUUUGAAGCUGAAGACUCAAGCUUUACAGAAAAAAUGGAGUGAAAAAUGCUUGCAACUUCAUCCGAAUUUCCACCAUAAUGUUGGUUCUGAGAAGGCGACGGGUUCUCCCAUGUUGGGUAUGCCAAGCUUACAGAACCCGAACUUGCUUUUGCGCCAGCCUUUGCAACCUAAACUUCAAACAGCCAAAAGCCUCGGGGAGACUUUGCAACCUAAACUACAAAGUACUAAAGGCCUCGGGGAGACUUUGCAACCGAAACUACAAACUACUAAGGGCAUCGGGGAGGCUUUGCAAUUGAACACACAACAAAGGGCCAGCAGUGGCAGACCUCCACAGCUUGCCACUAGCCCUCCCGAGAGCCCCGUGAGGACUGAAUUGGUUCUUGGGCAAAAACCAACCGAAAUCACCUCCCAAAAAUCUCAAGACGACCACGUUAAGGACUUCCUUGGCUGCAUCUCUUUGGAGUCGGAGAAGAAGAUCCUUGGCAAAUUCGCGAGUGCGUUGGAUGCUGAUACAUACAAAAGGCUACUCAAGGGUCUCGUGGAGAAGGCAUGGUGGCAGCAGGAUGCAGCCUCGGCUGUGGCUUCUGCUGUAACGAAAUGUAGGUUAGGCAAUGGAAGACAGCGGGGCGGGGCGUCGAAAGGCGACACAUGGUUGAUAUUUACAGGCCCCGACCGGAUUGGCAAGAGGAAAAUGGCCUCAGUUCUUGCUGAUCAAAUAUGCGGGGCUAGUCCAAUAUUGGUAUCUCUUGGCUCCCGUCGUGAUGAUGAGGAAACCGAGAAGGAUUUCCGUGGUAAAACAGCUAUAGACCGCAUAGCAGAGGCUGUUAGAAGAAAUCCGUUCUCUGUCAUUAUGCUCGAGGAUGUCGAUGAGGCGAACAUGCUGGUUCGAGGGAACAUAAAACGGGCGAUGGAACGAGGUAGGCUUACUGAUUCUCAUGGCCGGGAGAUCAGUCUUGGGAACAUUAUAUUCAUUCUUACUGGAAACUGGUCUACAAUAAACCCCGAAAGUUACCGAAAUGAGAACUCGAUGGAUGAUAAAAAGAUGGCAUCUCUCUCUAGUGGCAAUUGGCAGCUAAGACUAGCAAUAGGCCAAAAGAGCACAAAGCGUGGGGCGAGCUGGUUGUACGACGACGAAGACAGGCCAACAAAACAGAGGAAAGAGCUAGGUUUAGGGCUCGGUUUUGACCUCAACGAAGCGGCCGACACUGCUGAUGACCGAGCCGACGGAUCACACAACUCGAGUGAUCUCACUAUCGAGCACGAAGACGAGCUAGGGCUAGAAAACAUGCAAUUCUCAAUCACAUCCGUCCCCCACGAGCUCGUAAACGCUGCAGACGACCUCGUCGUGUUCAAGCCCAUCGACUUCGCCUUGGUUCGUCGUAAGAUCAAGAAGACGAUCUCCUCUAUCGAAGACAAGGUUGUGAUAGAAGUGGAAGAAGAGGUAAUAGACAGGAUCCUAGCCGGGCUGUGGCGCGGCCAAAUGAGCCUCGACGAGUGGGUUCACAACGUCUUAGCCCCGAGCUUCGACAAGCUCCAGCCCCGCUUAUCGUCUCCCCACGACGACAACACCAUCGUCCGGCUUCAGCUCGAACCCGACACUGAUUUGAGCGGCCGGAGCGCCACCGGAGAAUGGCUGCCCAGUAAAGUCACGGUAACGGCCAGUUGAGGAGCAUAAAAAAAAGUAUUGGGGAUAGAAAUCGCAUUUGGUCAAUCUUUUGGGCGCAGAUGUAAAUACAGGUAAACUUUUGGAGGUGGCAAGAAGAAUUUAGGGAGAAAAAAAAACGUAUAAGGAAAAAACAGUGUUAGAAAAAAAGUGGAUGUUGAUAGAUCAACGGAAUCUUGAACGGCUA